UCUGUGAGCUGCAUAUCCAUUUUUGAGAUGUGCUAUUGUUUGGGUCACGCUCGGAGUUGUAUUAGAAAGGUCACGUUGUUAAUGCCGGCUGCCAGCAGCUGUAAAUAUUUAAUAUUGGAUGGAUGAAGGAAGACGGAUGUAAAUGGGCGAGAAACAUGUAUAUCAAUACGUAAUUCAAACCUCGUCCGCUCUGCGGAAUACCUUACUCAAUCAUCCCAAUCGACACUGCCCAGACGAACUUGUCUGGGCCUUUGUAUGAUGUGUUCUGCUUCCUAAACUCCGUCGGCAGGGGGCCCGUGCGGCGUGCGGUCUUGGCUGCUGGAAGCUUGAAGACGCGCCGCAACGCCAACUUUCUUUCAGCACUUUCGCUCGACUCUCACCGUUCUCUUCCUGAUCACUCCUCCUGCAGCGACAUGGCGAGACCACAGACCUACCAGCAAGACUAUAUUGCGCGCAUACGAUUCUCCAAUGCGCUGCCACCGCCGCCAUGUCCCCCGAAACUUCUUGAUAUACCCAAUACAGGCCUGUCAAGCGGACAGUACACGUCGGCAGCAUUCGCGUCCAGACUGGCAAGGGAACAGCCGCUAAACAUCGAGGCGGAUGCAGAGCUCGGCAUGCCCAUCGACCUGGUCGGGAUUCCAGGGGUCUUCGACGGCGAUGAAUCUGCUAUCCAGGCGCUCCCUCACGCUCCAGUGCUGCACCCCGCCGACCGCGCAUUGAUGCGACCCCCCAAUGCGCUGGGCAAGUCCACGGCGAGCGCUGCCGGUGCGUCGUUCUUGCGCCGCACUGAAUACAUCACAUCGAGCACGGCGGGCAGCAAGUCCACAUUUGAAUCGAGUACCUCGUCAAACACGAUGCGGCUGAAAAAGAAACGCACGCGCGUGAACGCUCGGGAAGACGACCCUAUCUAUAUCACUCGCAACAUCUUGAAGGGAUUCAACCUCGCAUACCCGGAAGACGCCUACACAGGUCCUGAUACAACCGAGAACUUGCGGGGCGCAGAGAUCAGUGUCGAGGACAAGCGCGCCUGGAAGAAUCCCAAGCACCCGCGCAACGAGAAGCUGGAGCUUGUUGGUUCAUACCCGUUGGUACCAGAUUGGGACGCCCUUCCCGACACUGGUAGCUAUGCCAUGUUCAAAUUUCAACACGCGCCCAUCAAAGACCAGUCCAACCCUUCCGCAUACGACCCACGUAUCGACGUGUCUAUUCUCCGCCUGGCAGGCGAGUCAGUUGACGAUCGCGAGACACACAUGCAAGAGCAAGAGGCCUAUAAACUGGAUCCGUCGGGACCUGUUCCUCUCCCCAAAUUCCACUACGAAUUCUUCCUGCCUACGAAUCGCGAGAGGGUGGCGGGCAUCAAGCGCCACUUCACAACCAACGAUCCCGACUCGCCAGAGUUGGCGUUCGAGGAGACUGUCGACGAUGAAGGGCGCCCUAGGAAAUUCUUCAGAUACGAAAACAUCCGGACCUACGAGACGGCCACUCAACAGAGCAACCUCGACGACCGCUAUGGCGAUACUGUGGCGCUCGCGCUGCAUGAUCCUGACAUUCACACCAAUGAGAACUUGCGCGAUAGCAAGCUCCAGAAGGCGGCGUAUUUCUAUCCCAUAGGGCAGAAAACCCAGAUCAGAGCGCGGAGGCCAGGGCGCAUUCAGAUGGUGGAGGAGUUCCCCAAGAUCGAUUACCUCGAUGCUUCAGGUCGAGCGCCGGACGAGGAAGAGGCCAGCAAGCGCGAGGACGUACACAGGGCAUAUGAUCCGGAGAACCUUUGAGGUACGUGGAGAUAUUGGUCGCGUCAGUACUUGCUGGUUUCUAUUUUGGGAGACGUGGUUCACAUUUCAAGCGCGGCGUUGAGGGGGGGAAAUUGCAUAUAGGGCUACCGGAUUUGGCUUCUAUCUUGGGGUGAGAGCGACCUGGAGACUAAACAUGGCUAGCAUGUACGAUACUAAUCGGCACUUGGACAACUUCUAGCAUCUGUGAAUAGAUAACAUCGCCAAGCGUCCUCGGCUCUCUAGACAAGUGUGAACAA